UCGGGCGGGAGCCCAGCGCCCCCGCGGCGGGUCGCAGCAGCAGCUCGGGCGGCGGCGGUCCCGGUCCCGGCAGCGCAGCUCGGCGGAGGCGCGGGCGCCACGAUGCCCAAGAGGAAGGUGAACGCGGCCGAGGGGGCGGCCAAGGAGGAGCCCAAGAGGAGAUCGGCCAGGCUGUCCGCUAAACCAGCGCCUGCCAAAGUCGAGGCGAAGCCCAAAAAGGCGGCUGCGAAGGAUAAAGCUUCAGACAAGAAAGUGCAAGCGAAGGGGAAGCGGGGAGCCAAAGGGAAGCAGGCGGACAUGGCCAACCAAGAGUCGAAGGAAGACCUGCCUGCGGAGAAUGGAGAGACCAAGCCCCAGGAGAGUCCCGCCUCUGACGCCGCAGGAGAGAGAAGCCACAUCUGAGCGACGCCGGGUCCCACAUGCACCAGUGCGCCUGUCUCCCUUCUUGUACAAUCCAGAGGAAUAUUUUUAUCAACUAUUUUGUAAAUGCAAGUUUUUUAGUAGCUCUAGAAACAUUUUUAAGAAGGAGGGAAUCCCGCCUCAUCCCAUUUUGUAAGUGUAAAUGCUUUUUUUUAGAGGUGAAAUUGUUUGCUGGUUGUUUAUUUUUGGGUACAACCAGAGAAUAGUGGGAUUAUGGGAGUCUUUGAAUGUGUGGGGUGUCAACAUUCCAUAGGUGGAGGGCAGUUUUUAUAUCUUAUGUCUACAAAGCACACAGAAUUGCGGUUUGGAGUCUCAGGCGUGCAUUAAGAGGUGUCAGCAUUUUCGGUUACUCUGUCCCUGUGCUGAGUUUGGUAGAAAUGUUUCCUCAAGAAAACCACUCCUUGCUCCUGGCUUUCCCUGUCAGAAUUUCACGAGUUCAGUGUCAUAUCAUUGGUCCUGGUGUCUAGUUUCCCUAGUAAUUUUGUUCCCGUGCUGUGCAAAAUAAAAGAAUUUGCGUUUGUAGUGUACACGAUGCUAAAUUGUGAAUUAGUAGGAAUUAUGAUGUAACAGCUGAACAUUCAUUUGAAGAUACUGGUACUUGAUAACCAGGUCAAAAAAAUUUGUUUCCAAAUUGUAAGGUGGAAAGUCAGUGGUCACUGGACACCACUUAGAAAGGAACCACAAUUCCCUUUUUCUGAUUCUUGGUACGUACAUUAAAAAUUGUAUACAAAUUGAAACGUCUGUGUACUGAUCCUCAAACCAACCAAUAAAAACUU